AUGUGGGGGUCCAAGCUCUCAGCUGUGCUCUCCGCGCUCAGCUUGACUGGCGUUCCGGCGACCGAGACUGAGGCUGAGAUCGCCGUCGUUGACAGCAACAUCAAGCAGGUUGCCAUCAUUGGAGCUGGAGCGGGCGGCGCCUCCGCAGCUUACUACCUGCAGCAAUACGCCGAAGCGGACGGCAUCCCAGUCAACAUCACCGUAUUCGAGAAGACUGACCAUAUUGGCGGUCGAACUUUGACCGUGGAAGCUUACGGCAACCCGCUCGAGCAAGUCGAACUGGGUGCUUCCAUUUUCAUCGAGGCUAAUCACAUCCUCUUCAACGCCAGCCAACGCUUCGGGCUUCCCUUGAAGGAACCCGAAUCCGGCACUGACGGGUUCCUGGGCAUUUGGGACGGAGAGCAGUUUGUCUACACACAGGACGACAACUCUUGGGAGUGGUGGAAUCUGGCAAAGCUCUUCUGGAAAUACGGUCUGGCUCCUUACAAGGCGCAGAAGCUUGUCCAGUCAACAGUUGCGACUUUCUUGCAGUUGUAUGAGGCGCCUCAUUUUCCCUUCCGCUCGCUUACCCAAAGGGCCUUUGAGCUGGAUCUCUUGAAGGCCACUUCUGUUACAGGAGACCAGUUUCUCGCUAAUAACGAGAUUGGAGAGCUCUUCUCUCAGCACAUCAUCCAAGCAGCGACCCGCGUGAACUAUGCCUCCAACUUGAAGUACAUCCACGGCCUCGAGACCAUGGUCUCAAUGGCUCCCGAAGGUUCCAAGCAGGUCAUCGGCGGCAACUGGCAGAUUUUCCACACCAUGGUGCAGAGGAGCAACGCGACAUUGAACCGCAAUACUUCUGUGACUUCCAUCGAGGUCAAGUCCGGCCCGGCAAGCUCCAAGUAUCUGCUCUCAAGCAAGAGCACCAAUUCCGAGGCCGAGGCUGAAGCCGACCAGUACCCGGUCGCCUUCGACAACGUCGUCAUCGCCACCCCCUGGCAGUACAGCGACAUCAGCGUCGCCGAAGACUUGUUCCAGCACAAGAUCGACGAGAUCCCUUAUACCAAGCUGCACGUCACGCUCUUCGCUUCGCCGUUCCGCCUGUCUCCGGAGUACUUUGGCAUGGAGCCGGGCUCCAAGGCACCCGAUACGGUUCUCACCACUCUCAACCCCGCGGAUGAGGCCAAGGCAGGUGCCGAGGGUGCUGGAAAGGCCGGGUUCUACUCCAUCAGCACCUUGAGAACCGCCACGAACCCCGAAACCCUGAAGGAUGAGUACAUCUACAAGAUUUUCUCGCCCAAGAAGGUCACUGCAGAGUUUUUGUCGCAGCUUCUUGGCGUCAAGGUGCCAGCAAGCAUCGUUGCGGAGAAGGCCGGGGACGGCAGCGCUGAUACGGUUGAUCCCAUCUCGUGGUAUCAUCCUCACGUCUUCAACUCGUAUCCCAUUGAGUACCCCCGCGUCACGUUCCAGGACCCCAUCUUGAGGGAUGGCCUGUACUACCUGUCAGGCAUGGAGAGCUUUAUCUCCUGUAUGGAGACCAGCGCGCUGAUGGGAAUGAACGUUGCCAAGUUGAUUUCGGAGGAUUUCGCUGCCGAAAUUGUCAAGGAAGAGGGCGAGAAGAUUGAGAAGGUGGCGGAUGAUGCGCAAGAAGUGAUUGGACAGGCGGAGAAUGUCGCAAACACCCCUGAUGAGUUGUAG